AUGUCGUUCAAAAUCAACUCUCCUCUUCCUUCGAGCCUUGCUUCUGAAUGCCGCAAAGCAUCGAGGAUCCUCAACAGCUUUAUCGACCCAGGCCAAGGUCUAGACACCAUCAUCCCUCCUGGUAUUCUGGCAAACGCCAAAGGUCUUGCUAUCUAUUCAGUGCUUAAAGCAGGUUUCCUCUUUUCGGGAAGAGCUGGCAGUGGUUUAGUGAUUGCAAGGCUGCCUGAUGGAUCUUGGAGCGCUCCAAGUGCAAUCGGUACAGUUGGCUCAGGCUUUGGCGGACAAGUAGGCGCCGAGUUGACCGAUUUUGUUAUGGUCUUGAAUACAACCGCUGCCGUAAAAACGUUCAUGCAUCAUGGUAGCAUCACACUUGGAGGCAACAUUUCAUUGGCUGCUGGUCCUAUUGGUCGAAACGCUGAAGCAUCAGGCACAGCAUCAAUCAAGAGUGUGGCAGCCGUAUAUUCUUAUAGCAAGACGCGUGGUCUCUUUGCUGGUAUCUCUUUGGAAGGAUCCGUCAUUAUCGAACGUUUUGAUGCAAAUGCGAAAAUGUAUGGUCGUAAGGUGGCAACACGUGAUCUUUUGAAUGGCACCAUUCCACCACCUCCACAAGCCGAUCCUCUUUAUCGUGCUCUAGAAGUCCGAUUCCAUGGAGCAGGAGGAAACACAUAUGCAUCAUCUGCUGCAGGUGGCCGAUUUGCUUUCAUGAAUGGUAGCAGCGACAGUGGUUUUGGAAGUGGACGAGGACUUGGACGAUCAGGCACAAUGUACAACACAGAGCCUGUGUAUGAAGAUAGUUUCCGUGGCAACAAUGAUAGGUCGGCGGAUUAUAGCCGAGGAGGUGUGCAUCGUGCAGCAACGACAGGUGGAUACGGUGGUGGAUAUAGCCCAAGUCGUGGUGUUGAUACCUAUGGCAGUAAUCGCACAUUUGAUGACAGCCCCUCGUCAUUCCGAGAUACAACGUGGGAAAACAGAAACAGCAAUGAGAUCCGUGCACGCGCAUUGUUCAACUUUUCAAAGCAGCAAGAUGGAGAUUUGCCGUUCCGUAAGGGUGACAUUAUUACCAUUAUCAAGCGAACGGAUACACAACAUGAUUGGUGGACUGGUCGCCUUAAUUCAGAGACAGGCAUUUUCCCUGCAAACUUUGUGGAGAUUAUUUAA